AUGUUCAGGCGAUUUGCAUCUAGACUGACUCACACAGAAAAAGGUGGCUUCAACGAGGCUUUCUGGGAGUGGUACCUGGAGAGUUUCUCCCGAAAGGGAGACGCCAACGGAUCAUCCACCGUAUCCAAGGAGCACAAGAAGCUCACCCACUCGUCAUCAUCGGUGCAGACUGUCCAGAAAUGGUUCGAGAACUUGGGUCUUCCCGUGCCAUCGUCCAAUCAGGUCAUUGCUCUCAUGAAGUCGCCCUUCAGUCAAUACGAUCUAGACAAGACCUUCCACUUGGUGAGAUACUUCCAGCUCUGUGAAGAAGGAUUCUUUCUCACCAAUUCAGUUCAGGACAAAUCUGGAGCCGUCAUCAAGUUUCAGGGUGCCGAUAAUUGGGAAAACGUCAUGUGUUAUCUUGAUGCCUUGUUGUUCUCGAUGUUUGCCAACCUUGAAAGCUUCGAGCCCAUCUUGUUUAUCAGCAAUCAACACGAGAACUACCUAGUAAAUCAGCUUGCUUCGAUGUUGCGUGUUUACGUCAGUUUAUUGAGAUCGGGUAAUCUCAUUACUACCGACUUGACCGAACGAAUUUGCGAAAUCCUUAUGAAAUUGGGUUUCAAAGAGGCCAUGUCACACAAGCAACAAGAUUCAGCAGCAUUGUUUGAGUUCUUGACCGAAACAUUGUCAAUGCCUUUAUUGACUUUUAAGAUCGAUAUAAAACACGGAGGCAAAUUCAGCAAAGACGACGACCAAAAGUUCUCAAAGGAACGUAUACUAUUCGUAAGUAUACCAGAUGACGAGGGAGAAGAAAUUGAUAAAGCUGCGGAAAUAGAGCAUGUGGAGGAAUCCGCUGAUGCGGAUGGAAUCUUACUUGAGGAGUGUUUGGAACAUUAUUUUAACAAUUCUAUUAGCGUGAAAAGAGAAUUGGAAAGGAGGGCUACUUUGGAACUAGAGAGAGCUCCAAUUGGUGUUGUUACAGGAGUCUCAGAGCAGCCGGAGACUGAUCUGCCUCUGCCGGUGAAUGAGGAAACGAACACUUAUCCUCCUUCAAAAGUGACUUUUACCGGAAGCCCUUCUGCAGAAGGGCCACCUGCAAUCAGUAAGACUUCCACGGAUGCUUCUAUACCGACUGCGCCACUUGAUGACGAGGCAGAGCCAUUCCCAAGUGCAGAGGAAGCCUUUUCUUCGGAUGCCUUAGAUAAACUAGUCUCCUUAACCCCCACUAGACUAUCUCAUCAAAACUCAAGCCUGACCAAAAACAAUAUCAAAGUAACUACAAGAACGAGAUCAUCUACUCUUUCUAUUUGGUCGUUUAACGAUAAUCCGUCGAAGAAAGAAGUCAGUUUACCAGCAUGGAUGUUUUUAAGACUUUUACCGUUCUACACAGACGACAAUAAUGUACAAGAUAGUCAGAGUAUUGCCAAGAACUCCAAAGAGUUUGUCAACAGGCGUCCAAUUUUGCCUAUCUGUUUGAAAAGAUAUUCUUUCAACACCUCUCAAUCCUCAGCUAAAAGAUCCACCAAGAGGAUCAUCAUUCCUCCAAUUAUUAAUUUGCCCAAGUUUGUUGCUGAUGACAGUGACACUGAAAUGUCCAAUAAUUUCAAAUUGAUUCUCGAAAGUGCGAUUUGUCAUAGAGGCACCUCAAUAUCUUCGGGGCAUUUUGUUUCUGUUAUUAGGAAGGAUACUAAUAAUGUUGACAACACUGAAGAUGAAGCAUAUAACGCCCCGUGGUACUUGUACGACGACAUGAAGAAACUGACUAAGGUGGUCGAAAAGACAUUCAAAGAUAUAUUCAAUACUGAAUGGCCCUAUAUGUUGUUCUAUCGGUUGGUGUCCGACGAAGAAACUUCAAAGAGUUCGGCCUCUUCAGUGAAGGUGAAGACUCCAGUGUAUCCACCACAUGGUUCAAAGAACAAAUUUUGGAAUGAGGAUCCAAACACCUUGUCGCCUAUACUAUCAGCAAAUUACUCUUCCAGCUACAAAUCCGAGGAAGAUUUCUCUUCAUUGAAAAAGCAUGAAAGUGUUCCUAGCUCUAAUUUGAGCAUUCCUUUACCCGAAAUUCAACCAACAGACGCAAAAUUCAUCGAUAUUCGAGAGAAAUACUUUUGGUACGUAACUGACAAAGAUAAAAAUUACUACAAGGAAUUACCGACGGUAUCUACCCAUGGUACUCGUGGUCCUAGUAUUAGUAUCACUCCACAAUUUCGUCGUAAUAGUCAAUGGAGUGAUAAGUCCAACAUAUCUAGCAUCAACAAUCAAAUGAAUGGUGGUAGUAUUGGUCAUGACUUGAAUUUAGUUAAUGAUCAGUUGAACAAGCUAGAGUUGUCUAAGGAUCGUUUGAAUAAAAAGACAUCUAAGGAGGAUUUCGAGGACAAUAAUCAUCACAAUUCCAAAGAGAACCCUAUAGAGAAACAUUCCAAGCCAACGACCGCCGACAAAACCAAUAUUGAGGCCAAGCGCUCCAGAAAAAAGAGGGAAGAUUACAAAAAGGAUAAGUGCACGAUUAUGUGA